CCGGUCUCACGUGGUGGGGCAGCCCGGGAUCCCGGACCUGCCGCCGCCACCGUCCUCCGUCCCCGCCCGCGGUCCCCAAGCGGGGCUGGCCGCCAGGUGAGCUCCUUAACCUGGAGACUGCCUUCCGUCGCGCCCGCCGGCCCUACUUGGGGCGGGGCCUUGAGGUGAGCUCUUUACCUGAGGACGGCCUCCAGGUGAGCCCCUUCCCGGGGGCCGGCCCUGAGAUAAAGUGUAGCAAUGGCUGCUGUUUACUCUGGCAUUUCCUUUAAGCUUAAAAGCAAGACAACUUCUUGGGAAGAUAAACUAAAACUAGCUCACUUUGCUUGGAUUUCCCACCAGUGCGUUCUUCCGAAUAAAGAGCAAGUAUUACUUGAUUGGGCAAGACAGUCACUGAUUGCAUUUUAUAAGAAAAAACUUGACCUGAAGGAAGACAUUGUUGAAAGGCUUUGGAUCUAUAUAGAUAACAUUCUACACAGCAAAAAACUGCAGGAUCUGCUCAAGAAUGGAAAGACAAUUAACCUUCAGAUUUCCCUAGUCAAGAUCAUAAAUGAGAGAAUAGCUGAAUUCUCUCUUUCGGAAUCCCAGAGAAGUACGUGUGCUGUGCUGAGCUGCUGCCAGGGCAUCCUCUCGACUCCUGCCCUUGCUGUCAUCUACACGGCUAGACAGGAGCUGAUAGUGGCAUUGCUGAGCCAGCUGUUCUGGUUGGCCUGUAGGCAGCCAGAAGGAACCGAGGUGGCCCAGUUAUUCGAGGUCAUUCGCCUGGCACUUGGCCACUACCUCUCGAUCCAGCAACAGCAAGUCAACCCAAGACGUGCCUUUGGGGAGGUGACUGGACACUUGCUUCAGCCCUGCCUGGUCCUGAGGCACUUACUCUCGGGGGGCACGUGGGCACAGGCUGGGCAGGGCCAGCUGCGGCAGGCGCUGAGCCGGGAUGUAAGGAGUCAGAUUGAGGCCAUGCUUCGAGGUGGAGCUUUUCAGCCCGAGUUACUCUCAUCCUACAAAGAGGAGCUCUUGGACCAGCAGCAAGGGGACAAGAAGAUAGGGGCCAUGAAGAAUCUUCUAGCUCCCAUGGACACUGUGAUUGCCAGGCUGGUAGAUGCUGGCUACUGUGAACCGUCCCUUCAUGCUGCUGUUGUAGCCAACUCAGUGGCGUUGCUGUAUAAGCUCUUUUUAGAUUCUUACUUCAAGGAGGGGAACCAGCUUCUCUGCUUCCAGGUACUCCCCAGGCUGUUUGGCUGCUUGAGGAUUUCACACUGGCAGGAGGAGCAGCUAAAAGCCCUGGCCACAUCAGAUUGGACCACAGAACUCCUGGUUGUAGAACAGCUGCUCAACUCAGUGGCCAACAACAAUAUCUACAACAUUGCUGCUGAUAGGAUCCGGCACGGAGAGGUUCAGUUCCACUUUUACCGCCGUUUGGCUGAGCUACUGAUAAACCAUUCACAAGCAUCUGUGCCGGCCUGGUUCCGCUGCCUCAAGGCUUUGAUGUCUCUGAAUCAUUUGAUUUUGGAGCCAGACCUGGAUGACCUGUUGGCAUCAACUUGGAUCGAUGCAGAAGUGACAGACUUUCGAACCAAAAAAGCACAGGAGGCGCUUCUUCACACUCUCUUCCAGACGUAUGUCAAACUCCGACAAGUGCCACGAUUGUUUGAGGAGAUUCUGGGGGUGAUCUGUCGUCCAGCUGCUGAGGCGCUGAGGCAGCCCGUACUGACCUCGGGCCCCUCCAGGGUGCUCAGUGAGUGCCUCCUGGAGUUGCCUCCGAGUCAGAUCUUGGACACGUGGUCCCUCGUGUUGGAGAAGUUCCAGUCUUUGGUCUUACCUUAUUUGCGGGGUGAUGCUGACAUGGCCUUGAAGUCGCUGUCCCUGAGCUCAUUGCUGCACUGCAUCAUGUUCAAUAUGAGGAGCCUGGACAGCAGCACCCCUCUGCCCGUCAUCAGACGAAUGCAGUGCAUGAUGGAGAGGAUGCUCCGAGAGCUUGUGAGGCCCCUGUUGGACAUCCUCCUGGACCCCCAGGGCCCAGAGCUUGAGCUCUGGCUACAGAAGAUCAGUGACUCUGCACUCUUGCUCUCUUACACUUGGGCCCAGGUUGACACCAUGCUCAGUAUAAACUGUAGCCAGUAUCACUCUGUGUCUGGGGCUCUCACAGAUGUUGCUGUAGAGAUCUCAAACCUCCCUUUGUUGCUCCCAGGUGUUGAAACAUGCCAUUGGAAGAAGAUAGAAAAGUUUACAGCUCAGUUUGACUCUCUUGGCAGGUAUUGUUUGGAACAGCUCUACCUGCAGAAAAUGAAAAGGACUUUAAUACAAACUAGUUGCCAGUCUGAAGAAGCCCUCUGCCGUUUGAAGUGUGAUGCUGCCUACAUUCUUGGUUCUGGCAGAGAAAGCUUGAAUCGAGGGGCAGCAGCUUCCUGGGAUGGCCAGGCUGGGACAGUGAGUGCACUCACAUACCCUGUAGCUCACUGGCACUUGAUUGUGUCGAAUCUCACAAUUUUGAUAUCCUAUCUUUGUCCAGAUGAUGUGAGAUCCCUGGCCAGUGUGCUGCUAAGAACUUUACUAGUGAGCAAAGCCCAGGAAGGCUCAGCAGAUGAAGAGCCAAGCAUCACACUUGAGAAGAUAUCCAGCGCUAUCCUUCAUAGCCCUCUCUUUCCAGAAAUGCAGUCUCUUCAUUCUGCUUUCUUAAUGUGCCUAACUGAAGGAUGUACUAGCAUCCUUUGUUCUGGGGCCCAGAGUGACCCGAGUCUUCUCAGUCAACAACUGCCCUGGCUUUUUGAAAAGGACCACAUGGUGGUGGCUCUUUGGGAAAACAGAUUUGCAAAAGUCGGACCUGAAAGUGUAGAACCAAAAGGAGAAAUUGCCCAAAACUUACUGUCCUUGGUCAAGAGUGACUUCCCCAUUCAGCUGGAGGGAGAACAAUUAGACAGCAUCCUGGGACUUUUGGAAGUUAUUUCUGCUCUGCAACUGGACAGCCUCUUGACUCCCUAUCAUGUGCAUUAUUUUCUCCUAUUAUUGUCAGUGGCCAUCACCAAGCUGGGUAGCUCUUGCUCCUCCUCACUGACCCUCAAGUUUUUGAUGACUUGCUACCGGCUUCUUGGUUACCUGCAGAGAGGGAAAAGCGCUCGCUCAGUGCUCAAGAUUAUGUAUGUUAGUGAUAUUUUUGAGAUUAUGUUGACCUCGUUGUUCAAAGCCAGUAGUAGAUUUCCUGUUAAUAUAGAUGAUCCCUCUUGGUCGGAAUUCCUCCAAGUGAUAGGGGCAUUCUUAGAACAACUAAUGCAGAUGCUUAUCCAGAUGAAGCUCAGCUUGGUGCUCAAUUUCGGGAAAAUCACUGGAUUCCUCCACAAACUGUACACUGAAGCAACUGCAGGCAAACAGGUGGAAAAUCAGAAUCCUUGGGGCCGGCAGCUCCUUCUGGUGUCUUUAACCAAGUUGUGCCAAGUUCUGGGGCCUUUUGUCAGAGAGCGGAAGCAGCAACAUGAGGCCCCAGCAGUGCUAUCUGAGUUGCUGCAGAAGGCCAUUCUGCACACAGGAGCUGUGCUGCAGCUCUGCUGGGCACAGGGGGCCCAGGGCCAGCACCUUCCCUCCGUCUUCAUCGCGUCGGUCAGCACGCUCUUGGAGGCAGAGGUGGGCCAGCACUCCAGGCACAGGACAGAGAUUUCCCGGAUGACAGACAGGAUUCCACUGUCCCAUACUGCCUUCUACCAGAAUGUUUACUCUCAACUACUGUCAGAGUUGCCGGCUCUUGCAGGAGAUAGUCAGUGUUUCCAGGCAGCCAUGCGGUUUUUAACUCUGUUCUUUUUGGCCCCAGAACUACAUCCCAAGAAGGAUUCUGUUUUUACCUCCAUGUUUCAUUCUGUGAGAAAAGUUCUUGGAGAUCCUGCAGUUCCAGUUGAGGUAAUUCAGGAUAUUGAACCUCAUUUGGGAGUCUUGUUCACCCAGAUGUUAGAAGUUGGGACAACAGAGGACUUUAGGAUGGUGAUGCAGUGUAUUCUCCAAGGAUUAGACAUCAGUAACAUGUGGAAAGCCAAUCUGCAGGCCAUUUUGUCAGCUGUUACAUUGACCAGGUUGCUCCUGAACUGCCCACUCGGCGGAGAGAAAGCGAGUCUGUUCUGGUGUGCGUGCCCCCAGAUAGUCACGGCUCUCACUCUGCAAAACCGAGAGGCUUGUCAGGAACAGCCUGUGCCCGUGGCAGUGGUGGGGCCUAUUUUGGACGUCCUGGCGGCCCUGCUGCGACAGGGGGAGGAGACCAUCAGCAACCCGCACCAUGUCAGCCUGGCCUUCAGCAUCCUGUUGACAGUCCCUUUGGACCACCUGAAGCCCCCUGAGUAUGGGAGCAUCUUCCUGCGGGUGCACAAUGUGCUCUUCUCCAUCCUGCAAUGUCAUCCGAAGGUAAUGCUGAAAGCCAUCCCUUCCUUCUUGAACUGUUUCAAUAGAUUGGUGUUUUCAGUUAUGCACGAAGGGAGGCAGAAAGACAAAGGAAGCACAGAUGAUCUGUCGGUGGCCCUUGAGUGUGCCCGCCUGGUGGAAAGGAUGUACAGCCACAUUGCAACUCGGGCUGAAGAGUUCACGGUGUUUUCCCCCUUUAUGGUGGCCCAGUAUGUCACGGAGGUGCAGAAGGUCACCUUGUAUCCGGCGGUGAAGGGCCUUCUGCAGGAGGGCAUUUACCUCAUCCUGGACCUCUGCAUUGAGCCGGACAUCCAGUUCCUGCGGGUCUCCCUGCAGCCAGGGGUGAGAGACAUCUUUAAGGAGCUGUACAAUGAUUAUGUGAAAUACCACAAGGCGAAACACGAAGGAGAGAGAAGAUACACGGUUUGAGGCUGUGUUCCGGAAGUACUGCUGGCGUUACUGUGGAGUGGCUUUGACUCUCUGGUCUGGAAGAGCCGGAGAAGGAGAGACUGAAGGUGUUCUAAUUUGUGAUGUUGGGAUAUGUGGAAUACACUUCGGGUUUAUAUAAUGUAUACUGUGUUUUAUAGCCAUGUUUUUCACACUGAAUAUUUUUUAACAUAUCUUUUUAAGCAGUAUAUAUUGCAAAUAGAAUCCUGAUAAUUGACCCCAGAAUAAGAUGAAUUUAAUAAAAAAAAUUGCUGAAUCUCUCUUGUGGCUUUUCCAAAUGUAAUUCUUGUCUCUGUCAUCCACUGGUUUGGUGUCUCUUCUCCCCGGGGGAAACUAC